CGUAUGUGCACGUAUGUGUGUGUGCUGCGACAGUGUGCGCGGGUAUGUGGAUUGCGGACGUCUGUGUGUAUAUUUGUGUGAGUGUAUAUGUGUGUGUGUGUGUGUGUGUGUGUGUGUGUGUAUGUGUGUACGUAUGUGUGCAUGUGCGUGUGUUUGAGGGAGGUUUUUGUGCGUGUGAGUCGGUUAGUUCCGUAUAAUAUACGAAUCUGUCGCCGAUCGAACGACUGCGGCGGUGUCGUCGACGACGGUGGUGGCGGUUUUUAUACUAUGCGGUUUUUUUUUUGUUUCCAAACAAUUCUUUUGGCAGCGGGAUUUCGGACCGAGGCGGCGGUGCUUUAUGCAGGUGAGUGAAACUUCCUACGCGAUUAGAACGCGAGGCGAGGAAACUCGCGAGAAAAAAAAAAUCAAAUAUUAAAAAAACCGCGGUGAAGAGAGCUGCACGCUGGAUAACCGCCAUCGUUUGAAAAUCGCAUUACACGGCUUUAGCGAGGCGCCCGCGGUUCCGCCCGAGGCGAGACGGGCGAAGAAUUAAACGUAAAACCGAAUUAGACGAAACCGCAAAACUUUAUCGUGGCCCACUCGCGAAUUCACGGCGCGGAAAAUUUUCGGGAAUUUUCGCGCGAAGGAAUGAUAAUAAUUUCCCGCCACGCGCGUGUUUCACGCUCGCACGCAUGGCUCGCUCCGUACGUCGCCGCGUGGUGAAGAGCGAGAUAGAGCGAUAACAUUGCGACGAUGAGCGCGUGGAAGUCCGCGUAUACGUUCCUCCGCUCCUGCGGCCGUACCCGACGUCCCAUCGCACGUUAUAACAAUACACUCUCGCUAGACGCUCCCAUACCCCCGGCCCACCGACCAGACACCCGCGCGCCAUACCACGCCGGCCGCCGAAUCAAUAAUUUAACGUUUGUCCAGCCCGCCGCUUGCACCCCUGCGCGUAUAAUCCUAGUCCGCGACCACCCCGAACCGCUAGCGCGACGGCGGCUCGAGCGUUUUGCCGACGACCACGACGACGACUAUGGUUCGCCUCCAUGUGGCCGUCACCGCCCACGCCACAGUCACAAUCGGCAUCGGUGGCACGCCGCCGUUGCCAAAGGCGCUUACAAUAUUAUGUGACACACGCGCCGGUUGCAGGUAUACGCACGCACUUGUCUGUAUGCGGAAACGUACGCACACGGGUACAAAGACAAAUGUAUAAUCGCUCGCGCGCACUCACACGCACACAUACAUACACACGCAUACGCACACACACAUACAUACACACAUACACACAUACACACACACACACACACAUACACGCACGGACGGGAAUGUGAGCACAUAUAGAAAAACACACGAGCGAGAAAACGCACGCACGCACAUUUCGACCCCUUCCCUUCAUCCCGUCCCCGCCAGCAAAACGUUUACCAUGAGAACCCUGCAGCGAUGAUGCCAACGACGACGGUGGCGCUCGUCGUGGACUCUUUGACCGGCUCCCAAACGUCCGCGCCUUGGUAUCGGUAGGCGACGGCGGCCGACCCGACGCCUCCGUAAUCGUCGCCGCCAACGCCGUCGCUAUUUUGAAUUUACUCGCGCGUUCGUGAUAUCAACGAUACUGCAAAUUGGAAAACUCUCGGGCGGGUCACACCGUUAUUUUAUUAUAUUGUGUUUAAGUCACUCGACAAAGAGUCGUAGGUACCUACAGAACGGUUAGUGAAAAUCGGCGAUUGGUUUCUAUCAAAUACCCGUUAUUCUGGAGAAAUGCUCGGAGUAUUAUAAAUGAUGAGUGUAGCGAAACGGCGAAUAGGGGUGAUUUUUAGUGUGAGAAUACACAGAAUAGCAGACCGACACGAUUAAAUUAUUAAAAAAUAACGAUUCGUAAAAACAAAAAUACAAAAAAAAAAAAAAUCAGAAAAUUUUCUCAUUGAAUAAAAUCCCGCACGAAAAAAUAUAAUAUUAUAUAUUUUCAUCGAAUUACGAGAACUUAUUGUGUAUUUUAUUUUUAUUAUGAAAACCGUAGUAUCCAUUCCCAUUCGCAUAACAUCCCCUUGCUCUCAUAAAUAAUUAUCGGACAUUUCCUUUUCGCAUUAACGAAUCGUUUAAUUCCCAGAUAUUUUCAGAUAUUUACUUGUACGUUUGUUUUUUAACCGUACCAAAGACAUAUACAUUUAUUUUAGGAAAUAUGACAAUUUAGGAAUUGAAACCAAUAUAAAGUUGAACAAAUUGAAAACAAUGAAACUUUUAUUUUUGUAAAUUAUCUGUUUUUUCUAUACGUUUUUUUUUUUUAAUUAUCAUGAAAAAUAUUCACUUGGAAAUACAAAAAUUUACCAUCAUGAUGCACCAAAUAGAUCAAAAAUUGCAUAAAAAAAGUUCUAUUGUCGUUUUUUUUUAUUGGAGCGAGAUUUUUAAAAAAAAAGUUUUUUAGGGAUAAAAAAAAAAAAAAAAAAAUAUAAUAAUAUCUAUAUGAUAAAUAAUUAAUAUUAGUCUUUAAUAACGACAGCAUAUUACAAAAUACGAUAAUGUGUUAUAGUUUCUAAGUAAAAUCAGUGAAAAUAAUAAAGUUUUUGACGUUUACCGCGGCAUCGCCAAACUAUUAUAAUGUAUAAAGGUACCGCAAACGAUGAAGGGCGUAGGUGUAGGUGUCUUAUAAUAGUCAACAUCUUAAUUUUCGAGCUUUCUCGCCACCUUGCGGAUUUAUACACAUAAACAACACACGUGCAUAUUUAUACGAGUCUUACCGAUUUAUUAGUUAAGCCGAGUGCAUAUAUUUCUUUCUUUUCAAGCUUACGCGGUUAUUAGGUAUGUGUACACAAAACCAUUCCGGUGGAAUAAAUAAAAAACAAAAUAGUCAUGUCCGUCAAGUUCGCACAUGCAUAUUAUUCAAAACCAGUAUCAACAAACCAUCUUGGAACUUGAUAAAUUUUGCUAGGUAUCCUAAACUUUUCAAAUGCAUUGAUACGAUGAUGGUAUAUUGUCCGAUUUUCCAAAAAAAAAUAUGCCAAAUUAUUGAGCCGAAUUUAAUAUAUUUUACUUGGGCUUUUUUACGGUUUUUACUAGAACCCCUGUUCACUCUAGGAAUGUUUCAAAUUUACCACCGUCACUUUUACUGAUUCUAUUCCAAACAAUGCCAAAAAAUUAAAACGAAUUUGAUUGAUUUUGAUAGUGUUUCGCCCUCUGUGGGCUUAAAUAUCGUGUACACGGUAAAUAAUCUUCUGUAAAAUACGAAUUUUCUUCCGAAUUGUUUAUAUUUGUUGUAUUUUCACUUUCGUAUGACUUAAAAAACUACGGGGAGGUAGAUUUGAACCUUUUAGCGGUUUCCUCCAUUAAGAAGAGUAUUUCCUAAAAGCUUAACUCAAAAGUUACACAAUGAUGGCACGAAACCAAACAGUUCCUUCCCGGAGACCAAACGUCUUAGUACUUGUAAGUGGUUGCCUCACAGAGAACUUUGAUGGCAAUAUAAUCGUAUUUAGUAUUUUUAUAUUUUUAUAUGUACAAUAAUAUUAAUUUAUUAUACUGUACGAAUGUACGAAAAUAUAUUAUUCUGGGUUUUUAGUAAUUUUAUUUUCUUCUUUUACUGUAAUGUAUAUUAUAUUUUUAAUAGGUUUUUGUUUUGUUUUUAAUCCGGACAAUGUUUAAACAUCCUAACCAUCCCUCUCCCCGUUCUGUCAACGCCACCGACUAUAGUCACCAAUUUUUUUAAUGUUACCUAUGUUCAAUACUACUAUCAAAUAAUCAUUACGAUGUUAUAAAUAUCAAUAAUUCGAGAAAAAUAUGUAAACCUAAGUAAUAUAUUAGCCUACCGCAUAAUAAAAAAAAAUAUGCAUUAUGUAUAUUUUUACUAUUGUAGUAUAGUUUAUUCCAUAAUAAAAAUAAUUACUAACUAUUUAAAUCAAAAAAAAAAAAGAACAAUUCAUUAUUGUAGUAUCGUACAAAUUAAAUUUGCAUAAAAAUACUUGAUACGAUUUGCUAUUUCAUUAAUACAUUUUUAUUAUAGAUAUUAAUAUACAUGUAUAAUAUAUACAAAAACUACAGCGGACAUGUCCUUAAGUACAGUGCCGUAACUGAACGUGCAGAAAUGGGCAGUUAUCAAGGACACUACAAAGUUAAGGAGCACAUAAACCUUAAUUGGUUCAAUUUACUUCUGUCAGAAUUCUUAUUUGCUUACAUAAAUUUACAAUUUUAUUAAAAUCAAAGUAUAAUGUGUAUAAAUUAUGUAAUGAAUUGUGACUUGACAAUGAUUAUUAACUAGUGCUUGUUAUUUUUACAAUUCUUAUACUAAGCAAAAUUUGCUGCUAAAACAUUUUAAGAAAAAAAAGAGUGGUAUUUAUAAUUAUUUAUCCCACCAUUUUCUGAUAUAUUUUUAAGGAUACCGUAAUUCAUCGUAAAUAUACCAUAAUUUUGUAGUUAAUUCAAGAGCCUUUAAUCAAUUAAAUAUUUUUUUUCACACAAAUUUUCUGCAACAGUUAAUUAGUUAUAUGUGAAAUUAGUUUGAAAGUCAAAAACACCACUAUUGAAUGGUAGAUGGCUGAUUCCCCACACAUUGUUUAAAUCUUACCUACCAUAGGAUUAUCCCACAAGACUUAUAGUAUGUUCAUCAGUAAGUCGUGGACUAAUUAUGUACCAAAAUUAAAAAUUCAAAUUACCAGUUCCUUAGUUCGGCUUUUUCAAAACUUAAUUGAGCUAUAAAUUAUUGCAAAUGUGAACAGUCAAAUUUGUUGGAUUUAUUUGAUUUUUAAAUGUAUUACUUUUAAUUUAGUUUAUGCGUAAAAAUGUAAUUUUUUGAUAAUCCUUGUAGUUUUCUUAAUAAUUGGGAAAAACUGAGAAAAAAGUAGGGAAAAUAGAAAAAUGUACGGCAAUAACAGUAUCAUUAUUUUAGAUUUUGUUUUUUCUUUGGUGUUAUCCAUUAAAAAAUAAUCAUAAAGCUCUGUAAUUAAAUUAGCACCUUUAAUUUAAUAUUAGUUAUUUAAUGGCAUUUAACACUUUAUAGUUUUUUUAAAUUUUUAUUCGAUUUUUUGUGGAUAAAAUUCUUUUAUCUUAGCAGAAAUACUUAGAGAAUGUACAUUUAUUGCUUAAUGCUAUUAAAGGUACUUAGUAGUGAACAAAAAAUGUUGAGUGCAAUAUUGUGAUGUAUUUUUAUAAGCUUUUUAAAGUUCAUAUUGUAACGAAAAUCGUAAAAAAUACACCAUUUUAAUAUACGUACAAUUGAACUCCGCUCAGAAUCGUAUAUCGUUAUAAAUGAUUUAUCAUUGCUUAUCGACAGUUAUAAAUAAAAUUACUAUAUUCAUCCUAAAUUCCUAAUCUAUCAACUUUUUUUUUAUAAUUUCACAUGGUCCGUUUCAGUGGGUUUUAGUUAUAAAUUAUCGAUUAGUAAAUAUAAAAAAGAUUAUUUAAUUUAAUUUCGAAGAUACCUGAUCUCAACAAAUUCAAAAUAUAUUUUAUAUUAAACUUAUUACACCAUUUGACCUAGUUUUAUAAUACCUACUUAAAACGGUUCUCUCGGAACUCGUAGGAAGCAUAUUAAUCUUUUCUUCUCAUUUUAUGGCAUUGCACAAUUUAUAUAAUAAAGAUAAACCACGAUUCCGUCGCUUAUGUACCUACAAAGAUUUAGAUAAAAUAAAGUAGAUUGCUGCCCGGCGAUAACAAAGCAGAAGCUGAAAAGCUGGCAUGUUAAUUUUGCCAGCUUUGAAUUGCGUUAUCAGUCUGAUUAAAAUAUAAUUGUAAGUUAAACCGUCCUACACCAUUAAAUUAUAAUAUAAACAUUAAUUAUGAUACAUAUUUUUUCAAACGCGAUAAAAAUAUAUCUUUGCUUUUUAUGGAAAUUACUAUAUUUAUUUAACAAUACGUUUUAAAUUUAUACUUGUAAUCAUCACUUAGGUAAUACAAUAUUUUAACCCUAGGUAUGCAAUUACUAUACAUUCGAUUAUUCGACAUUGUUGUAUCAAUAAUCAAAUAUCAUUAGUAAUAUAUAACCAAAGGUUACUAUCUAAGUACCUACCAAAGGUACCUAAGUUACCGCCGAAUUUGCUAAAGCGAUUUAUUUAUAAAACACAGUCACCAUCGGGUUACAUUUGGUUAUUGUCCAAAACACUAUUAAUGACGGCAAUUAUUGAUAAAAUACCUGACCCCGCAACCGACACGGUGGAAAAGCGGCAUCACGUGACCUAUUUGUCCACAUAUUGUAUUGUUAGUAAUCUUAUUAAUUUACUAUACCUGUGCUUGUAUAAUGUAUAUUGAAUGAAUUUCACAUUUCCGUUUGUUUAUUCAAUUGAGGUAAUUUUGUAAUCGGCCGACGCGUAUACAUAAAAUAAUAUAUUUUUGGACCCGUCAUAAAUUACUUUUUUUCCUGUAAAUAUAUGAUAUAAUCUAAUUUCCCGAGACAUUUUAUUCGCGCUGCAACUACCGUCGAAAAACAAUAAAUCACUUAAAACUCCAGACACGUACAACACUACCUACCUACGUGAAAACACAGAACGCGUAUAACUAUUAUAACUACUGAGCGAAAUGUUUGUUCCGUGCAAAUAUCAUCGUAAUCCUUUAUAUUCUCGACUCGUUUUUCCCCUUAGCGAAGACUUAUAAUCGGUAGUCGGGUCACAUAUUGAUUGUUCUAUAUGGCUAAUAAUAGAUAGAUCAAUUUUAAUCAUAGGUCAAAUAAUAAUCAGUCAGCGACGACAUUAUUGCGUUUUUUUUUUUUUUGUACGAAUAAAAUGUAUGAAUUUGGUAGGCCAGUAGGCGUGUCAAUAAAAGAAAAUGUGUGCAAUUUGUUUUUACUGUACUUACUGAAAAUACAUCCUAUACCUAUAAUUUUUUUAUUAUCAAGGUAGGUAAGUCACAACAUAUUUACACUAUAUUCAUAUUAAAUAUAAUAACGUUAUAUAGCGGUUUCGUUUGAUUUUAUCGAAAACUGUGACAGUUAAUCAAAGUAUUACCCUUUCCAAAUAUGUACCUACAAAACAAUGGUAAAAUGUAGUAAACAAAAAAUGAUAAUAAUUGUGUCAAUGUUCCAGUAGGAAAGUUGGAAAAGAGAAUAUAGAGAGUGAUUUAAUUUAUAUUCGUAUGCAAAGGUAAACCAUUGCUAAAGGAAAAUGAUUUUCAUCAGCACAUUUAUUAGUCGUGUUUUUCCCUUGAUUCUAAAGUAAAUCGGAAAUCAACAAAUAUUAUACAAACAAUUUCCUUAUUUUUUUUCAUUUAUUAAGUAAACUGCUAUAGCUGCUAACCUAACCUUACUGGUACACACACACAAAAAAAAAAGUAAAUUGUGUCUAUGAAAACCUUUUUUGCGAGAAAAUCUGACUUGGGUGGUACUAUAGAAGGUCAUUUUUUGAUUUUCUCAGGAGUUUUCUUUAUAUAUUAGAAAAAAUAGAAAAAAAACUGGUAAAAACGAAGGAAAAACGGGGGAGCUGAAAAAUAGGUACAACAUUAAACAAAUAUUAUUAAAGAAAAUGUUUAAUGCACAUGUAAUUAUUUUAAUAUAAUAUGGUGAUCAAUCUAUCGUAAGAAAUUCGUUAUCUCGGAAAGUAUUACUUUUUUUUCGGAAUUUGUUUUCAAGCUGCUCUAUAACUUUAUAUUCAUCUUAUUUUUUGUUACCCUUAUUAUUGAUUUUUUUGAACUACUUUUAAUUUUCGAAUGGCGACCUAUAUUGAAAAUUGCAUAAAUAGACGAAGUAUUAGUUAAAAUAAAUUGUGGCGUUGAAAUUUUCGAUUUCUGUCAAUCUUUUGACGAGAUUUACCAAUUUUAAUUUUGGUUUGGGGGAGAGUGAUGAUGCACUAUGAACACGCCACGUGGCGCACCACUACACAAAUGAUACUCCACUACUCUCUUCCUAACAUAUAUUCGAUAGUAGGAUAUCUCGUCAAUGGAUUGACGGAAAUCAAAAACGCCAACACUAAAAUUUAUUUUAACUAAUACUCCGUCUAUUUAUGAAAUUUUUAAGACAGGUUGCCUUUGAAAAUCAGAAUUAGGUAGUGGUUUUACACCGAAAAAUAAAAGUGACAAAAAAUAAUAUAAAUAUCAAAUUCGUUGUUUGUUUCUUAAAUGUACUAAAAAAUAAACUCCGGAAAAAGUUAUUACUUUCCGAAAUAAUUAGUGUCUUAUGAUAGAAUGAUCACUUCGUAUAUUGAUGACAAAGCAACACUAUCAAUUCAACUCUGCUCAGAAUCAUUUUUUCGUUUGCAAUGGUUUAUCAUUAUUUACGGAUUAAAUUCACGUCUGUAUUCCACCUUCUCAACUUCCCAUAAUAAAAUAUAAAAUAUAAAAUAUCAUUGGUAAGAAAUAAUAUUAGUAUUUAUAACCACUAAUAAUAUGUACAUAUAAUUACAGUGCGUAUUGUUAUUGUUAUUAUUAUUAUUUUAAAAUUGUGUUACUAAAUAUACCGAAUGUAGUGACAAUACACCGAGUGAAAAAUUCGAUAAUAAACACGAUAAACGCGAUUACGUUAAAUUAUGGAACGCAGAAGCCGAUUAGGCAAAUUAUUAUAAAUAUUAUCCAUUAUUAUCCGUCUGUAAUCGGAACACAGAAUAUUCGAAUUAUUUAUAGUUUUUAUUGUGAGUAAUCGAGAUUUUCGCAAGGGAACAUCAUUUAUUUCGAUUAAUCAAGAUUUUCGACUUAUCGAGGUUCCACUGUAUUAUUUAUUAAAAUAUAUUUGAUAUAGUAAAAAAAAUCGUGAAAAUCAAAAUAAUAAAUAUUAUAUUAAAUAUAAUUUAUGUUCAUAAAAUUGUUAAACAUUUUAAUUUAACAAUAGAAUAAAUUAAUAUAUAUAUACAAAAUCCACAACAAAUUUACUACAGUACGCUCUCUUUUAUACAAAACAUCCGGGAAGACAAGAAUACGUGGUAAAUUUCGCUAAAAUACGUAAACACGGAUAGUGAAUUCACUUGUAUUAAGUAUACGUGAUUACAAAUUUUUCAUUCAUAUUCACGUACGUAGUAAUUCACGUUUUCUAUCGAGACCUCUAAUCUAUAAUACCAAAAGUUAAAACUGAUUUAACUAUCAAUUGCUUAGAGUUGGGACAUUAUUGUUAAUUAUAGUUGUUUUCAAUUUGUUCUUAACAGUUUUUGAAAAGCUUUUUCAGGCAGUUCAGGAUCGUUCAAUGUCUUAAUUAGAUAUUUAUUGUCAUACUAAUUGAGUUUAAAGUUUUAAAACAAAUUAUAUGGAUUUUUUUUAUCAAAAUUAAAUUUUGACAAUAUUUCCAUGAAAUAUUACACAAAACUUUCAUGUAAUAUUUCAAAAAUACAAUUUUUAUGAAAGUUUAGACGCUAAACUAUGAAUUAAAACAAUGGAAUAUUUGAAAACGGUAUCAUGUUAUAAAGAGUUGACGUCACCAAAGUAACCCACGAAUAAAAAAAAAAAAAAAAAAUGAACAAUAUCAAAAAUGCCUAAAACCUCUUAUUACUCUUUGAGAGGCUAAGUUUUCAAAAAUCCUUCUUGGCGGAUACCUACGUGUAUGUUGAAUUUCAACCAGAUUUGUCCAUUGGCUUGGACUGUGCGUUUAUGAAUCAGUAAGUCAGUCAGUCAGUAAAGACAUGUUAUCUAUACCUAUGUCCCAUAUAUAAAAUAACAAGUCCUGACUAUUACUAGCAGUAUUAUCUAGCAAUAGUAAAGCAUUGCCAAUUCAACUAUUUUUUACACAUUACACAUAGAUUAUUAAAAUAAUGAUUGUAGCGUUGGAAAAGAGUGGUUAUAGUCAAUAAAAUAGGAUUCUACACAAUUGAAAAACUCGAAAAGAACUAGGUAUUUUAGCUAAAGAGGAUUUUGCCUUUGCGUUUUUGGUGUCAGACGUUGCAUAAAGCAUGGGGACAAGGAAUAUUUGAAAAUAUUACACUAACAACAAAUUUAUACGUAUUCUCAACAAUAUUUAUGACUAAUAUGAGUUUAUGACGUUUCGUAUAUUGUUGAUGGACGUCGUUUGAUGUGACUUCAAUAGUACGAAUAUAAAUAGUAAUAAUAUUUGUUUAAUGUUUUACCGAUUUUCCCAGUUUUUUUCCAGUUUUUCACAUUUUCUGAAAAAACUACGGGGAAAAUAAAAAAACGACCUCUUUAAACUACCUCUCCAGUGAAUUUUCCUUUCAGAAACAUUGCUACACGUAAAAAUCAGAGCAAGUCCUCUGGUAGAAAAGUUGUCAACAGAAAAAAAAAUAAACAUCUUUGUAAAACCAUACACUUCUACGCUUAUAUUUCUCUAUUCUACUCAGAAUCUAAAACAAAAAAAAUAUAAAAUCACAAAUAAAUGUUUUUUGACUCUCCUGAAAACUAUGUAUUAUGUCGCUAGGACUCUUCUGUCGUACCAUCAUCGAUUUAUUAUUAUUUAUUAGUAAUAACUAGUAACAUUACUAGAGGUACCUACUAAAUAGUGAAUACUGAUUAUUAAUUUUGGCACGCGCAGUUUGCACACACUGCACUGGAUAGUGAAAAUCAAAUAACAUAGACUAAUGACAAGCCAACUGGUUUUAGCCAAUUUAGGUAAACAUAAAUGUAUGGUUUUUUCAAAUAAUUUUCAAAUAUUUUAUUAAUAAUUAUAAUAAAUAAAAUUGCCAACAAUGCAUCCAGCUGUUAAAACUGCUGAUAAAACUCAGUUGGGUAAAAGUAAGUGACAAAAAUAGAUCUAGUAGGUAAAAAUAUUUCAAAUAUAAAAUAUAAAGUGGUAUUAAAAAAUAUUAUUUCGUUUUGCGUUUUACGUUCUGUUUUGAUAUUUUUGAUAUUUUGUUUUGUAUUAUUUUAUGUUAUAGUCCAGUCAAAAUAGACAAAAAAAAAAAAGUUAACUUCGGAAUAAUUCGAAUAGAACUGAAAAUUAGUACACCCAUAGUCACGUUAACCAAAUGCAGAACAUUAAACUGUAUUUACACACAGAUUUUCGAACGAAUUAAUGAGGUUAUGUACGGGAAAAUACUAAAAUAGUGUAAAGAAGUAUUAAAAUAAUUAGAAAAUAAUAUUAGAAAAUAUUAGAAAACAAUAAUUGCACUUGCAACAGCCAGUCGUCGCGUCACAGUCAGUGUUUACAUUGUUUUUUCCGUUAGGCGUUUAUAAACCACAAUAUCUCAUAAAACAUUAUUCAUAGAAAAAUAAAAAAAAAUACUUUUUUUUGGGAAAUUACUGGAUCUACAAAUUAUGUAGGUCUAUUUUUACGAAAAUACUUCAAGUUUAAGAGAUAUGUGAAAAAAACUUAUUUUUUGUGACCUAUAACCUCGAAUAAAUUGUUUAAAAGCAGUGAAGUCAAUGGGGACUUUGACAUUUCAUUUAUAAUGAUGUACUUGAGGUGUGUACCAAUUUUCAGUUCUAUGCGAAUUCUUCCAUAGUUGAAUAUUUAUUUUGACUGGACUAUUAAUGAAAUAAUUUUUCGUUUAAUAUUAUGGUAUGUUUUGUGAUAUCUUAUUUUUUCAUUUUCCGUUUUGUUAAGUUUUUAAAUUUCAAUCGUUGUUUAUACCGAGUAACGUUAUAAUCAUUAAGUCAUUAAAACAUCUGCGAGAACAUUGAUAUCUAUACAUAAAUCAUUUGCGGGCAAAGUUUCUAUUUUAGUGGUUACGGUGGUUUCGGUGAUUAUGACACAGGUGAUUAUAAUAUUUUACCGUGUCCUUUGAAACGGUUAAACUUGUGGUGCACCCAAUAGGAUGGAUUUAUGUACCAGUCCAUUCCCCUUUAAGGUAGUUUAAAUGUAUUAAAUAAAUUGUUAUGUUAAUGUGAGUUUUCCGGUGCCUAAAAGAGAUAAAUGGAUAAUAUGUUUUAAAUAAAAUUAUAAACUGAUAAACAAUUAUCGAAAACUGAAAAAAACCCAAGCAUUAAUUGCAAUUUGCAAUCUAAGUAAAAAUUUGAAUUGUCCUUAAACGUGACAUGAUAUUAAACAUUGUAAUUAUAUAUUUAAAUUGUAUAGGUGUGUGUAUUUAUUUUUUUCUAUAAAAUCGCUUCUUCUUUUCAUAAAGUCAAUAGAUUUUGGUUAUUUCUUUUUUAUACAUUAUUAAUACCCACAGCGAAAACGCAAUACAGAUAAUAUAAUAAAAUUAUAAUAAUUUAAGAUUGAUCAAUAAAUAUUAAACCCUAAAAAAAAAUAUAAAAUAUGUGUCACAGUUGAGUGGACAAUUCAAGUUUUAUUUGUUGAAAAAUAUUAUGAUUUUAAAAAUGAGAAGAAUACUUCCUAAAAAAACCUGCGUUCCUGCAAUUUGAAUAAUAUUUAACUUAAAACAAACAAUAAUAAAUUUAAAGAAAAAUAAAAAAUAAGUAAAUAAUAAAUGAAAAAUAAAAAAAAAUAUUUCGAGUGUACAUCUUAGUUAAUCUAAUGGUCAUAUUUGAUCUAAAUUAAUAGAUUUUUUCUAAAUGUAACUUACUUAUAAUAACCUGGAGUUAUACGCAAGGUUAAAACAAGGUUAAAAUGGUGAGCAAAAUAUAAGUUCAAGUUUUUGAUUCUUAUUUUCCGAUGGGAAAUGUGUAUAAAGUCGACUCAAAUUUAAAAAGUUACAAAAGUUAAUAUUAGAUCCUGAACAAUAUUUGUUUUAUAACAAUUGUGUUUUUUUUUCCCGGAAAACGCUUUUUGGAGAAGUAAAAAUUAUUUUUUUGAAAGUUCCAUUCAACAACUUUGUAGAUAAGUAAUUGGAUGCGGGUGAUACUUCAAACACUCGGGUAAUUUUUUUCAAUUUUGCUUUCCAAUUGGAUUUUGCGAUAGUGGCGGAAUGAUGAAAAAAUAUUACAGACGAGUUUUUAACAUUAUCGUCCACAAGUUCCAUUUAGGAGUUGAAUUUUUCUUACUAUCGAAAAAAAAAAAUAAAUUAGAAAUUUCGUUCCUAUGACCUAAACGGUUGAUGUACAUAUUUAUUACUUGUUUGUGUCUACAUAUUUUAUUUGAAAUUAGUAUAUUCAAAUUGAAAUUAAAAUAUUAUAAUCUUAAAACAGUACUCGAGUACCAUUAAAUCAUCAUUUUCAAAAAUAUUAAACUUUUUUUAAUUUAUAAAAUUCACGAAAAUAAAUUAAAAACAACGAUAAUCAAUAUCUAUCAGAAUCGAAUACCAGAGAUAAAAAAUUUGGCUAAAUUACCAUUUAACAAACUUUAAAACAUUUUUUCAGUAGUUCUCCAUAUUAUCUCUGUUCCUUCGUAAAACUCCAGAUCGCGUGUUUUCUGUCCUUAGAAGACAGACUUUUUAAAGCCAUCUUCAGUUCAACAAUACUAGAAUAAACGCUGAAUAAUGACUUGUAUAUGAAAAAUAUAAAUAGCGAAGCAAAUGCAACAAUAUUGGAAAUCACGAAAGUUUUUUGAUGGUGAAAAUGGAAGAAAAUACUGUCUUUUUAUUUUUAGCAUAUUUAUUUAUUGCGUAAAUUAAUAUUUAAUUGAAUGUAUAAAUUUUUUGUUUUAAAUACGACCCAUUAGGAUAUUUUUGGCUGUAACAGUGUCCUACCACCAGUUAGUGGCGUAACUCAAGUUCAAUUUUGUAGGAGGGGAAUCGAUAUGUAUUAGUUGUUAUACCCAAAUUUUAAAUAUUUUUAACAACAAACAAGUAAAAAAAAAUUCUGAGGGGGAGGUCAUAUAUUAGCCAUAAAGAUCCCUUUAGAGAUACGACACUGAUGAGUGAAAAAACCCUUGAAUACGAAACCAAAAUAUAAAAUACAGAUACUCGUUUCUAUUAAUUUACAUGCUAUUAGGUAACUUGUAUUUAUUAUUUUCGUCUGUGUAUAGUAGGUAUUUGGUGUUAAUUUUUAAAAAACGAUGGAAUUUAUACGGUGGCAAAAAAACAAUUAUUAAAAUUAAACGUCAUACCACUUUUGACUAGUACUACUGAAGCAUACCUGAAACGCGCUCAAGACCAUAAAUUAUCUCCUUUUCAACGAUGUGCCACGUGGGAAUUUCAACGAUGUCAAUUGCCUCGAGUUUUCUAGUCGGUAUCUUUUGAAGUGGAAUAUUUUUAAUUAAUAAAGGUAUUUCAUAUAAUAUAUUAAUAAUCAUUCACGACGUACCAUACUAUAUGUGCGCUUUCAAAAGCACACGAUCACAAAAACAUUUCGUAUGUUAUUACACGUACCUACAAAGCUAAAAUACGCAUAAUACUUACUCGUGUUUACACCUAAUAUGAAUUAAUUAUUAUUACAUGGCGGAAUACACCCGGAUCGGUUUAACUUAAAGGAUUUAUUACUAUUGAUCUAUCGGAUUAGAGAAGGAUAUUAUUAUUAGAGAAUAACCGCAGAGCUAGAUGACUAAUUCCUUUAAGCCGCGGUGAAUUUGAUAGCACAUUAUACUAUUUGAUCUCGUUCGUUUCGAUCGUUAGUGGGCCGAUAUUAAAUUCCUAGACAUCGUACAAUAGAUAAAAAAUCAAAAAAAAAAACAUAUAUUUCCUCACCGGUAUAAAUAUAGGAUCAUAACGAAUUCAUGUUACGAUAAAAACCACAUUAUUACAGCUUUAAUUUGAUAAAAAAAACAUAUUUUUGGCGUUUUAAUUUUUACGUAUGUGGACUUAGGAGACAAUUGUAUGGUUGACGGAAAAAAGCUGAUAGGAUAGCUGAUAACCAUUGGGCUGACAGUAAAAGUGGCGAACAGUUAGAGACCCAAAUAAUAUAUCCGGUAGAACCACCGACGGUGUAGAAUAAAUCAUAAUUUAUCAAAUAUUAAUAAUAAUAACUGUUAUCGUAAGUCAGGCUAUUAGUUUAUCAGUUAAUUAGAAAAUUAUAAAUAUAAGGAGGAUAUAAUUAAUACAAAUUAUUAACUAUAAAAUAUUUUUAUUAUGUCUGUCCAGCACUUUAUGUAAUGAUUUCAUGAUUUCACGAUUUCGUUAUUUCUUCUUUGAGCCCCAAUUAAUAUUACUAAAUCGCCACUAAAUUAUUAAUGUAUACAUAGGUACUAUGCUUACUGCUUAUUAUUCUAUAAUUUUACAAUAUUUUAUAUUUUAUUAUAUCUAUACGCAAUUGUCAUAAAUUAUUAUUUGAAGAAGAAUUGGGUACUCUGAAAUCUCAUAUUUAUGGAGUCGCGUAGUUUUGUUACCACAAUAGUGGAUUAUCUAUAUUUUUCUGGGAGAGGCCCUGCAAAACCAUAUGUUUUAAAAAGGUAUCUUUAUUUAAAGAUGUCCCUUUUUUGGACGAUAAUUUAUUGAAACUAUAUCGGUGUCGGUGGGUGGCUAAAGACUCCCUGAAACCACCGUAAAUCAACCGCUGCGUAUACAUAUAUUUUAUUUAUUUUUGGUCUAAAUUCAAAGAACGUACUUAUACUAUAAAUUUAUAUGGUGAUUUUUUUUUUUUACCUAGUCAUUAAAUAGAACUAUUAAAUUAUUUUAUUUACAAUAUUUUCAAAUGAGCUACAAAUUUAAUAACAUAAUCAAUAUAAUGAAAACCCAUUCAAUUUUUAAGAAUUCAAAAUUAAAUUUGGAAAUUUAGUCUUCCGAGAAAAUCGACGUAUUUUGAUAAAAAAAAAAAAAAUCAUCUGUAUAUUAUAUAGUAUCACAAUAGCUAUAGAUUAUUCGAAUCAAAUACUAACUAUAUUGUUAAAUAUUUAUAAAAAUAAAGAAAAAAUGUUGAUAUUAUUCUGUGUAGACUGUAAAUUCCUAUAAAAAAAAAAAAUAAUAGUAUUCAAAAUAAUCAGUAUUGUAAGCAAAUUAAAGAAAUUCCUGGAAUGGUAAAAAAUAAAAAACAGAUUAAGAAUCUUCAAUGGAAGUUCUGUAUUUCGUUAUUAUUAUUUUGUGUUGCGGAAAAUGACGUAUUGAAACCAGGAGGAAUUAAAGCAUUUAACCCCUAAACUUUCCAGACCCCUCUGACAGUUUAAUUAAAUAUUUAAAAUAUGUAUUAAUAUAUAUAUAAAAAGUAGUAUUUAUUCUGUCUGUGUUUAGUAUUAAAACCAAGUGAGUUAUGAAUACGAGUGACAUAACGUCUGUUCAAUUUAAUAUUUCAUAUUUUAAUGGUAAACAAGACAACAGCCAAAAUAUAUAUAUGUUUAUAUUUGUAUUAAUACUCUCGAAUUUCUGUUUACAUCGAAAAAUAUAAGCUCGUUUAUUAAAAAUGAACGUACGCUACUCUGUCCCUUUACUUUUUGGAUUUUAAGUUUUUCAAUACCAUCACGAAUAAUUUUGUAAUUUGUUUUUAUUUUUUGAUAUUUUUCAGAAUUUGAAUGGCCUUCCUACGACUACUAUGAUAAUAGAACAAUGAAAAAAAUAUUAGACGGGGUACACAAAGCGAGGCAAUUGACAACAGGAAAUCCACGAUGAUUUGAAAAAAAAACAAUUCCAGUAAAUUAACACAGUUUAAUUGCGAAUUUAUACUAUAUAAUAAUAAUAUAAAGCGUG